CUGCCAUUGAACGUUCAUCAUACUUGCUAUAUAGUUUAAUUUAAUUUUUCUGAACAAACGAUCCUUGCUGCAAUGUUUGCUGCAACUUGCAAGCUUUUCUCUCUCUAUUUAAGUCCUAGUAUUUGUAGUGCCAGGGCCCCAGAAGGAGCUCUUCUAAAAGGCCUUAUGGGGAGCAUUCUCACCCUUUCACCGAUGAUGCACCUUGUGCAAGUAGGGUAGGUUCUGAAUGCUGCAAGGGGACGUGAAGCCAGCUUUCUUUGAGCUGUUCGCAGAGACGCAUUGCAGACUGAGACUUGGCAAAACUUUGCAAAGCAUUCCGAUCGCAGCUAAUCUUCAAUAGAAAUGAAAGCAAUCGUCUUUUGAUGUGACCUUCAGCGCAGUUGAUGCCCAGGGUUUCGAUUCCGGGGUAAUCUGGUCGUUCCUGCUGAUCAAUAAUGGCCGCUCAAGCCACCUUGGCGCCGGGCAUCAGCCGGAAGCUGAAGAAAGUGCUGGAGACACGGACCGACUCUCCCGAGUUACUUGCAUCCCUUGCGACUCUGUCCACUUUCUAUAACGAGAAUACCUUACAGGCCCGGAGAGGUUUACGAACGACAAUCGAGCGACGGGGCUUGACUAUCAAUGAGGAGUUUUUGCAAGCAUCGGAGGGGGCUCAGAGGGCCCUUGACACCGUCGAAGCAGAGGUGGAAGGCUUGGCAGCCUGCUGCAACAGGAUUGCUGUGGCCCUUCAGGGGUGCAGCUCGCAGACUGGGGACAUGGUGGUGGCAACUGAGCGCCUCAAGCAGGAGCUGGAGAGCAGCCUCCGGCGCCAGGAGCUUGUCAACAACUUCCUGCAGAGCUACCAGCUGACACCAGACGAGGUGAUUGCGCUGCGAGAGGAAGACCUGGACGAGAACUUCUUCAAGGCGCUGGCCCGUGUGCAGGAGAUCCACGCCAACUGCAAGAUCCUCUUGAGGACUCAUCACCAGAGAGCCGGGCUGGAGCUGAUGGACGUAAUGGCCGUCUAUCAGGAAGGGGCGUACGAGCGCCUGUGUCGGUGGGUCCAGGCGGAGUGCCGCAGCCUGGGGGAGAAUGACACCCCGGAAGUGAGCGGCCUCCUCAAGACGGCGGCCCGCUCGCUCCGCGACCGCCCAGUUCUUUUCAAGUACUGCUCCGAGGAGGUCGCCAACACGCGGCACAACGCCCUCUUCCGGCGCUUCCUGUCGGCGCUGUCGCAGGGGGGGAGGGGAGGCAUGCCCAAGCCUAUCGAGAUGCAUGCGCACGACCCGCUGCGCUACUGCGGGGACAUGCUGGCGUGGCUGCACCAGGCGCUCGCGUCCGAGUUCGAGCUGGCGUCCGCGCUGUUCAGCGACGACCGCAAGGGCACGCAGGAGCAGCGCGAGGCGCGCUCGGCGUCGAAACGGUUCUCAGAGCAUUCGGACCAGUCGGACGGGGACUUCCGGGUGGAAGCCGCGGACAUGGCGUCCGUGCUGGACCGCAUCUUCGAGGGCGUCUGCCGGCCGUUCAAGUUGCGAGUGGAGCAAGUGCUACAAGGGCAGCUCAGCCCCGUGCUGGCCUAUAAGCUGAUGAACCUCCUCGACUUCUAUUGUGCAACGAUAACGGACCUCCUCGGGACGGACGCUGCGCUCUCUCAGACCCUCCAAGGCGUGUGCGAAGCUGCGCAGAAGACUUUCAUGGACCUCAUGAAGCAGCGCGGCGACAAGCUGGUGCGGUACCCCCCCCCUCUAUCCCCGGACCUCUCUCCCCCCCCUGCCGUGGCGGAGGGCGUGUCCCUCCUCCUCGAGUUGGUCGACGUGUACGACACGUGUAUGGCCCCCGCCAACGUCCCUAAGCCCGACUUCGAGCCCAUCAUCUCAGCCGUCAUCAAUCCGCUCCUGCAGAUGUGCGAGCGUGCGGCGGAGGCGUUCGGCACCAAGUCCGCCAUUCCGGCCAGCAUGCGGCGGAUGAGCAGCGAGACGUUCGGGCGGCGCGGCUCGGGCAGUCCCUCGCUGCAGCGGCGCGGGAGCACCAGCAUGGACGGCUUCAUGCGCAGGAAAAGCGCCGACGCGGGUUCGCGCUCCGACGUGCCCUCGCCCGAGGUAAUCCAGGCGAUCCGGCAGAUGUACCUGGUCAACUGUUUGUCUUCCAUUCAGCAGCCCCUGUCGCAGCACGCGGUGGCCAAGCGAUGGAUUCCGCGGCUCGAGGACUCCAUCACGGAGCACAUCAACAACCUGGCCAGGCAGGAGGUGAAGUCCAUUCUGGACAGUUGCGGCCUCUCAGAGAAACUGACAUUCAUCUUCGAGCAAGAGAGCCUUGCAGAAUCUGGCGAGGCCGGGGGAUCGUCCCAGGCAUUGUCGUCCUUGGAAAGCAUGUCUCCGUCAGCGGUCGGAGAGUCCCUCCGGGCGUUCUAUGCAUUGGUGGCGGGGAGCACAGACGGGGGCCUGCCAGAAUUUGAGCAGAUCCAACCGCCAAGGCUGCGUAGCAAGGCCGCCGGCGAAGUGACGAAAGCUUUAGCGGAAGCUUACGAAGCCAUCCAUAAGGUGGUGUCGGAUCCAAAGAACGGGUACACAGACUUAGGGAAUCUGUUACGGCAUUCACCGGCUCAAAUGAGGACGAUUCUAGGAACAGACUGAGUGGAGCUGCAAAGUGCAGAGCAGUUGGAUCAAGCGUGGGUCGGCUAGCCGUAAGUGUAGACGGGAAUGUCAUAGCCUUCCCACACAUUGUUCGUCGAUGUUGCAUUCUCCGUCCACGUCUGCAGUGCUGAGCUCUGAGCUGCACAUACGAGAGGGCCUGCAGGAACUCAGCGGCUCUUCAAUGUUGAUGGCACAGCGGCCAUCGUGCUACACAAUCACGUGCGAGCUAUUGAUAAAAUUCGAGCCGGACCGUAUGAUGCACUGCAUGAAAUGACUGACAGCUAGGCGCUCUGUGUUCAACAGCG